UUAUUCAAUCGUAGUUGAAAUUUUGCGUUAUAUGUGCUAUAUGUGAAUCGCGACGCGAUUGUGCAACAAGAUUUCGGUGCAACGUGUUUCUAACCUUAUCGUUUUUUCGUGUGACGCGACAAUAUCGCUUAACGGUAGUGUUCGGUCUCAAAGGUGUGUUAGAAUCGGUGGUGUUAUAGGGGGCGUUGCUGUAACAGCUUACUUUCCCGCGAAUUCUCCAGCAUCAAACGAUAAGAAUAUUACUCUGUUUAUCGCGAGAACGUCCCUCGACUUUGUUUUACGACGGCCGUUAACCCAUUUACGUCCGGCUAGAACUGUCGUACAGAACGUUAUGAACGGUGUUUCGCCAGACGAUUCUUAAUCCUUAAAGGGAAUGGAACGGUGACAAAUUUGAGAGGCUGAUCGCGACGUAAAUGGAUUAAAGAAACCGUUUUGCCCGUUGAACGGAAACGUAAUUGUUUUAUGUGCCGCGUGACCAUUCGUUUCGUAACCAUGACGAGGAUAACUAGAUGUGAAAGCACAGGGAACGUGAGUGAUUGUUCGCAAGCUUCGUGAUCGCGAACGCAAGUUUUUUGGCUUCAUCCACUGAUAAUGUUACGCCAUGCCCCAGUAACACUAUACACCGAUGGCUGAUUGGCGACGAGUCUUGGCAUCGAUUGACUUUCUUUGUAUACCCUCUUCAUCGCGGAAACAGUGGCGUUUUUGUGUAGGUAGAUGUGACUAUUCGAAAUUCUAUUGUCUUCCUUUACUUCAUAUUUUACGCGGCGAAUCUACUUUCGCGUGGAUUACGAUUCCUGACAGGAAAGUUUUCGAUUGGAUGAGAAAGGAAAAUAAUCGAGAGCAAAUAUUUAUCGAAAAUGUUGGACAAUAUUCCCUGAUGCCGGUGUGAGUCUCCACGGCAGAGGGGAGGCGCAGGCUCCCGCGGGGGGCGCGGGGGGGUGGCGGUGGCGUCGCAGGCGGAGGGAGAGACGGUGGAGCGGACCGGAACCGGAAAUGGCUGCGAGGUGGCUCCUGCUGGCGCUCCUCGCCGCCCACGCCGCGGCUCUUCCUGAUAUCAUUAGGAUAGGUGGGCUGUUUCAUCCGUCGGACGACAAGCAAGAAGUGGCCUUUCGUUAUGCCGUGGAAAAGAUCAACGCCAACCGGGAUAUCCUGCCCAAGUCCCGUCUCAGCGCCCAGAUUGAGCAGAUAAAACCGCAGGACAGUUUCCACGCUUCGAAGCGAGUGUGCCACUUGCUGCGAAGCGGGGUGGCGGCGAUUUUUGGGCCGCAGAGCGCGCACACCGCCUCCCACGUGCAAAGCAUCUGCGACACCAUGGAGAUUCCGCAUCUGGAGACACGUUGGGACUACCGGCUCAGACGGCAGAGCUGUCUCGUCAACCUCUAUCCGCACCCCACCACCCUCUCCAAGGCGUACGUUGAUCUGGUGAAAGCCUGGGGCUGGAAGAGCUUUACCAUCAUCUACGAGAAUAACGAAGGGCUGGUGCGUUUGCAGGAGUUACUGAAGGCGCAUGGACCCAGUGAAUUUCCUAUUACGGUCAGGCAGCUGAGCGAGGGAUCUGAAUAUCGGCCGCUGCUCAAGCAGAUAAAGAACUCGGCCGAGUCGCACAUUGUAUUGGAUUGCUCCACGGAGAGGAUUUACGACGUGUUGAAGCAGGCACAGCAAAUAGGGAUGAUGAGCGACUAUCACAGCUACCUCAUCACCUCUCUGGAUCUACACAGCGUCGAUCUCGAGGAAUUCAAGCACGGCGGGACCAAUAUCACUGCCUUUCGAUUAGUGGACCCGGAGAAACAGGAUAUACAAAAAGUCGUGCAAGAUUGGAUCUACGGGGAGAAGCGUUAUAAUCGAGAGCUCGAUAUGGGACAGAGCUCCAACAAGAACAACCUCACCUGCAUAAAGACUGAAACAUCGUUAAUGUACGACGCUGUGCACCUAUUCGCGAAAGCACUGCACGAUUUGGACACGUCCCAGCAGAUCGACAUCAAGCCGCUCUCCUGCGAGUCCACCGAUACCUGGCCUCAUGGAUAUUCGCUCAUCAAUUAUAUGAAAAUCGUUGAAAUGACAGGACUGACGGGGACAAUCAAAUUCGAUCAUCAAGGAUUCCGCUCAGAUUUUAUCCUCGACAUCAUCGAGCUGAACAACAAAGAGGGGUUGAAGAAGAUAGGGACAUGGAACAGCACGAAGGGAAUAAAUUUUACGAGGAGUUACAAGGAGGAGUACACGCAAAUCGUGGAGAAUCUUCAAAACAAGACCUUUAUCGUAACCACUAUACUGGGAUCAGCAUACUGUACCGUAAGCCUAUAAAGCAGCCACCGAAUCUCUUCUCAUUCCUCAGCCCGCUCAGUCUCGAUGUUUGGAUUUAUAUGGCGACAGCUUAUCUAGGCGUAUCCGUGCUGCUCUUCAUACUAGCCAGAUUCACCCCGUACGAGUGGUACAAUCCUCAUCCGUGCAACAAAAACCCGGACCAUCUGGAGAAUCGCUUCAAGCUGCUCAACUGCAUGUGGUUCACCAUCGGAUCCUUAAUGCGGCAGGGCUCUGACAUUCUGCCCAA